UUCACCUGCUCCACCUCCCAUAUAUUUAGCAUCAGCACUAGCAUCUCCCACCAGGCCAUCACUUGCUACUACCUCAGGAAACCCAGCUCAUUUGGGUCAACAUACAGAUCAUGAGGUCUUCAUUGAUGGUCUUGGCUUCUCUUCUCCUCCUCCUGGUUCUGGCUACAACAGCACAUGGGAUUCGGCUGGACAAGGACCUGCAUGAAGCACUCAGCAACAAGCAGGAACAACUGGCCGGGCAGCCACCCAAACCCAAUGGCGCCGCUGAUUCGACCGGCACCAGCAAGCACUGCACGUCCAAUGGGAAUUGCUCAGGAAAGGCGAAAAAGCCACCGUCGCCGCAGGCUCACGCCGAACCGGACGACGCAUCAGCAGCCAAGCAUCAGAUAGCCCCGAAGAGGAACGACGGCGACGCGCAGGUCACUAGCCACGGUGGCGGCCAGGAGGAGAAGACAUGGUCGCGCCGGGCGCUGCCGCGGCGGCCAGAGCAGCAGGAGGCGAGGACGUACCCGGACCUGAUCGACAUCGCCGGGAUGGACUACUCGCCGGCCGCCAGAAAGCCUCCCAUCCACAACUGAAUCCAGCGCGCGCGCACACGGAUCGAUCCACAUAUUGGAGCUGAGUACGUAGAUUAUUAUAGUAGCACUAAUACCAGUACGCGGCUGCUGGUUUAUUUACUAGUUUGGCCUAGCUAUUAGCUUAUGGAUCCUGAUGGAUGGAAUAGAAUAGUGCGGUACAGCUAAUUGAUCAAGUGGUAGACUGAUACUACGAUACUAUGAUGCUACGGGACAGAGACAGCGUCGCCGGAAUCGCUGCGCCUUUUGUGAAGACUGGAGACGAUCGUCCUACUGGCAGUACACACCAAAGCUUGGCGUUUCCCUCUCGAGUUUCCCGCGAUUGUAGUAACAUGCAUGCAUGCCCGUGUAUCGGUGUAUGUAAAAUAGCACCGCCGUUUUGAC